AUGUUCCAGAAAAUAUUCCAGAUUGCAUGCUGUGCAACUUCAGUUAUCUUAAAUUCAAUAUUGAUUUUUUUGAUUAUCACAAAAUCACCAAAAAAGUUGGGCGCAUAUAAAUAUUUGAUGGUUUAUAUUUGUGUUUUCGAAUUUAUUUAUUCGGUUUGGGAUAUGAUUAGUGAACCGGUUAGUUGAAAGAAAACAUAGCACAUUUCAGAGAAAUGGCACAUCAAAUCAAAAAUAAUUUUGAAUAAUUUUUUCUUUCAUUUUUUAGGAUGUGAUUUCCGACAAAAUCUCACUUCCAAAUAAUUCAGAACUGGACCUAUUUCCUUUUUGGAAGUACUUCCAAUCACCCUACACUUUCAAAUAAACAUCGAAUUUUCAAAAGUAAAAUUUUACAGAAAGUCCAUUCCUAUAACUCGGCUUUUGUUGUUUUCCGAGAAUUUACAGAUGGUUUAUUUGAUCGUGAGCAAAGUUUCAUUUUGAUUGUAACUUAUUGCGGAUGUUUUGGAUUUUCGAUGGCUAUUUUUGGAGUUCAUUUUAUAUAUCGAUAUGGAGCUGUUAAUAUGUACUUUGGGUUUUUUUAAUUUUUAAAAUGUGUUUCUUUAUUUUUAGCGAAUUUGGAAAUCGUUUUACUUCGGGCAAAAAAGUGAUAUCACUUUUCAUAAUUCCAUUGUGGUAUGGUUUUUGGUGGGCAAUGGUAUGCUAUAUCUAUUUUCGAUUCGAUGAUGUUUGUGAUGAAUAUAUGAGAAAAACUUUUAUUGAUGAAUAUUUGAUCGAAGCUAAAGAUACCUCUUAUAUCUGUGUUCUUUUUCAUAGACCUGAUGAUAAAGGCAUCGAACAUCCUGAUGUCAGUAUUUUUGGAGGUAUUGCUUGUUGCUGGUUUAUGAUUCUUUCCUCAAUGUUAUGUGUAUUCUAUUUUGGUAUUCGGUGUUAUUUUCAAAUUAGAAAGUCUAUCUCAAAUAAUUCUACAGUUUCCCUGAAUACCAAGGCUUUGCAAAGACAAUUGUUUCACGCGUUAGUUAUCCAAACAUUCAUUCCACUUGUUUUGAUGUAUAUCCCAAUUGGAAUACUUUUCCUAUUCCCAAUGAUCAAAUAUAAACUAUUUUUCAAAACUAAUUUCGUGGCUUAUACAAUUGCUGCUUAUCCUGCAAUUGACCCUCUUCCAAAUAUGAUUAUUAUCAAAUGUUAUCGGAAAGCGAUCACUGGAUAUUUGCGAAAGGUUUUGAAGAUGAAACCAACAGCAAAAGUGCAUAUGAGCGAAGGUUCGAGAAGUGCCGAUCAACGGACUGAUUCAUGA